AUGUUAUCUGUGCAACUGUUUUUCAGUGAUCACAUACAUACUGGUCUCGUGAAUCUGUGUGGACGUGCAGUUGAAGCAAUCGAUAGAGAAUAUUCAUCAUGGAUACUUAACAAAAUCAAUAAAUUGGGAAAGGAACUUUCUAAUUAUGCAACGUUUUUGAGAAUGAUCAUAUCUUUAAAGUCAGACGAUGCUCGAGACGCCAUGAAUCUACUUCAUACUAGAUUUCUUGUUUCCCUUAAUCCUGUGAUAAACAUGGACUCUAAUGAACUUGCAUUAGCCAGGUUUCUGAUAUCUGAAGGUGUCUUGAUAUAUGAACGAGACUUUCUAAAUUCAGAUAUGUUUAGAAUCUCUUUUUCGUUAAUUGAUUUACUUAUCCGGCGAUUUAUCAUUCCCGAACUAUACCCAUCAUCUUCACUAAAUGUGGCUCUCCUGCAAAAUGACGGUGAUCUGAACACUUUAUGUAUUUUAGAGGAGGCAAUCUGCUACUUCGAUAAAGACAUAAUCCAAUUGGGUUCAUCUCGAUCGUUUAAAAUUGCUCUGAACACGUUAAUGGCAAGACUUGAAAUCGAACAAUGGCACCUAAAGAUAGACAGUAAUGACAAAAUAUGGUCAACUAAUACUUCUCGAAUUAUUAGCAACUCUAACAAAAGUACAACUCGAUGA